AUGAAUGCGACGAAGUGUGAAGAAGACAUUACCUCUGAUCAUAAAAUAUCAAACAUCACCAUUUCACAAAACAAUACAAUUGAUAAUACUAGAACCAUAUGCAAACCGGCAAUUCAAACUACAAAGACUCCAACAACAUUACCAAGGAAACUGAAUGCAGAUAAUGAUGAUGAUAAUAAUACUAAUAGUUUCUUAUCCUUAUAUACCAGAUGCAUUAAAAAUCCAAAUAGACGGAAGAAAAAACAGUUAGAUAAUAAUAAUAAUAACAGCAAUCAUAAUCAUCAAUCACAUUUUUGUUUAAAUUUUUGCCGAAAUUGUUCAUCAAAUACACCUUCUUCUUCAUCGUCAUCAUCAUCAUCAUCAUCAACCGCUACAACUGAAGCGGGGGCUGCGGUAGCGGUUGCAGCAACAACAGGACGUAAGGAAUCGAAUAGUUUUUCGCUUCCAUUUCCACUGGAUAAUAAAAGUCAUGACAGUUUAAUUAGUUACUCGUCAAAAAUUACUAAUAACACUAAUUUUACUAAUGAUAUUUCCAGUCCUGGAACUAAAGUUACACUUACUCCUAAUCAUACAAAUAACAUUAUAAUGUCUGUAUCCAAUUGUUCAAAUCAAUUUAAUAGCAUUUCAGUUGAUUCUAAUAAAAAGGAUAAUCAUAAAAUUGAUGCUCAAAACACAUCUGUACAUAUAAAUAAAAGGCAAACAGCUGAUAAAUUUCAUUCCAAUACUACAGAGUACCAAAGUAAAUCUAACAUGACCACUACUGUUAUGACAUCUAUACCUACAACAACUACUAUUGAACCUAUAAAUGUUCAUAAGAAGAUUAAUCCAUCUUUAAUGAUCGCUGAUAAUUCAGCAUACUUUAAUGAUAAUCAUGAAAAUUUAUUAGAAAUAUCUAAACUUCCAAUCUAUAACUCAACAAAACUUUGUAUUAAAUGUCAAAAGAAUAUUCAAUUAGUUAGUAAAGAUUAUGAACAUAUACUACUUUUAACAAAUAAUCAGGGGAAACAUGAACAGAUCACUGUUAAUAAUAAUAGCAAUAUUAACAAUAAUAAUAAUGGGAAUGGGGAUAUAGAGCUUACUACUGAAAUGAUUGAUAACAUCAAGUCUAAAAAAAUUAAAGAAAUGGAGUCAGAUAUUGAAGAAUACGUCAAACAUGUUCAACAUAUUUUUGAUCACAUAAAUCUGACAAAGGAUCAAUUCUGUCAAACUGAUUCAAAAAGUAAUUAUAUUAUUGAUAAUAAACAAUUAUGGGAUGCAUUUAAUACAAGUUAUGCAAAUCAAGAAAAAAUAUUACGACCUUCACAUAAUGAUAUAAAUAUAUAUCAUUUAGAUGAUGAUAUGAAUAAUGGUGAUGUUAAUGAUGAUAAUGAUGAAGAGAUCAUAGAAGCUCAUUAUGAUAAUGUUCAUAGUUAUCGUAAAUGUAAUCAUUUCUCCGUUGAUAAAAUGGAUAAGAAACGAAUUUCAAAAAUCUAUAGACAACUACAUAAUUUACGUUGUCAAGUUGAAUCGUUCUCCUAUCUAAGUUGGCUUGGAUUAACCGCAGAACAACCCCCAACACAAAAAGUUCUAGUUCCUGGUUUUAAUGCACCAGCUCCAAAUCCUCAAAUGCACUUGAUUCGUCGAUCUGAUGCAGAUAGUCGAAGAAAUAUACAAGAAUUUAAACUUCUAUGUAAAGAACCUGUAUCUAAAGAAGAUUUAAUUGAAUUACGCUCAUCUACUUUUAAUAAUUGGUCUAGAACAGAUGCUCAAUUAAUACGUUUAGUUCGGGAAAUGUUUCAAGAACUUGGAUUUAUUGAGCAUUACAAUAUACAAUUACAUCAAUUAGAUUUAUGGCUUACUGAUAUUUAUAGACGUUAUAAUCGUGUUCCAUUUCAUAAUUAUAAACAUGCAUUUAUGGUGACACAAAUGUGCUAUGUUUUAAUCUGGGGUGGAAAUUUGACCAAUCUACUUGACAUAGAUGAUCAACUUAUUUUGAUUGUAUCGGCCAUCUGUCAUGAUUUAGAUCAUCCAGGAUUCAAUAAUGCUUAUCAGAUCAAUGCUGGAACCGUGUUAGCGAUGAGAUACAAUGAUCAAAGUCCAUUAGAAAAUCAUCAUACGGCUGUCGCAUUUGAUCUAUUGAGUCAUAAAGAAGUCGAUCCGUUCUCACAUCUUUCGACUACUACAAGACAACGAAUUCGCAAAGGAGUGAUUAGAUGUAUAUUGGCUACAGAUAUGUCACGUCAUAAUGAAAUAUUAGAUGAAUUUAAUCGUCAAGUUUUGACUGAUUUAAAUGCUGCAUGGGAAAUUGAUCCAAAUACAAAAAAACCUACAUGGGUUAUGAAUAAAACACAAAAAGAUCUUGUUAUGGUAAUUAUUUUGAAAAUAUCUGAUAUAUCCAAUGAAGCACGUCCUUUAAAUGUUGCUGGUCCAUGGAUCAAUCGAUUAUUAGCAGAAUUUUUUCAUCAAAGUGAUUAUGAAAAACUUGUUGGUCUUCCAGUUGCUCCAUUUAUGGAUCGACAUAAAGUGACUAAAUCAGCUAGUCAAUGCGGUUUUAUUCGUUUUGUUAUUUUGCCUCUAUUUGAAUCUUUAGCUAAAUUAUUACCAGAAGUUAAGCCAAUUAUUGUUCAACCAGCCUUGGAACAAUUGGCCUACUAUACAGAUUUACAAAAUAAUGAAGAAAAGAAAACCAAUACUGAAAAUCAGAAAUCAAAUACUAAUGAACAUCAAAAUGAUAACAAUAAUAAUCAUGACAAAAAAGAACAUAUCAAAUAA